CUUCCCCCUGCUGUACAGAUGGCCCCAGACGGUGUCACUUACAGUUUGCCUGGGAAGAUUGAGGCUGGCACAUCACAGGGUGCUUGUGUGACAGAGGUGGCUCUGAGUAAUGAAGCAGCCAUAACCUUUCUCUUUCUGCAUUCAGCAGACACAAUCCAUCCUGUCUAUCCCUUUCUAACUAGUAAUAUACACUGUAUCUGACUCCCUAACUCCAGGAUGGCCCUGGAAGGGGUGCUGUGUGAGGAGGGUCUCAUCUCUGGAGGCUGAAACUUCAACCUGGUUCUUGGGCUCCCCAAAUCCUUGACCAAUGUGAGUGGAGGCUAUAAAGGGGCUUUUCCUGGCACAUACCCAGCAGACCUCUUGUAUCCAUCAGAGUAGCCAGCUGUACACACAGGAAACGCCUUCUUCACUGAACAGAGAGCCAGCCCCUCCUCUUUAUGUCUAUGGGAAGCGAUGCUGGAUUCACGAGAGGCACAGAAAGCCCCAAGUGCCCUACCUGCUGCAGCCUCCCCUCACCCAUGGCUGGGAGAGGAGGGAACCCCCCGGUGAUCCCCUGCUCUGCAAGUUCUGUCCAAUCUCCAGAGCUCUCUCUGCGUGCCUGAGACUUUAAUCGGAUUCAUCAGAGGGACUGGGAGGAGGCAGGGGGAUCUUUUGCUGAGCUGCUCAGACUUUUGGCUGUCAAAUGAUGUGAUUGUGAUCCCCCCCUUUCUCUACCCUCCCGUCUGUCCAUCCAGGCAUUACUCCUGCUGACAUCAUCCAACCCUGAGGCUGGAGACAACACGCAACAGUUUCCCCAUGUCCACACCAGUCACUAUGAUGUGAGAGGUCUUCUGCUGACACCCAAGUGCGUGGACCCCUGGAUGGCUCCCAGCUGGAGCUGAGCUGCGUGCCAUCAACUUGGAUUAUAGAUUGUUUCCAUAUGAGGGGUGCAACCUUACCCACCUCUGCAAGGAUUGUUUUUGUUCUUUGUUUGACAUUGUGUAUUUUGAAAGUUGGGCUCAGAAUUAGAUUAUCCUGCUUUAUAUUUCUUCAGCAGUAGCAGAGUGUACUGAGAAGGGGAGGGGGAGAGGGACAUCCUGUGUGUUUGAGAAAUUGCAGUUCCUUUCCAAAUAACCUGAAAUCUCCUCUUUUUCCUAAUGAGAGCUUGUGGUGGAGUCCUGCUCUCUGUAGCCUGUUGCAUAAAUUAGUGGCCACAUACCUUGCUGACUCUGCUUGCCCCAGUUUGUGGAGUAACUACUCAUCUGGGUUACUGACCUGUUGCACGCAGAGAUUUUCUAUUACAAAAGGCACUCACCAUACCUCUGCUUUCCUCUUUCUUGUGACCCCUGGAGCCAUUGCGGAUGCCUCACUUGGGAGAUCAAUUAUUUGACCAUGGGUACCAAGCAGACCAAGGUCUGUCAGGCUUCCAGCGUUGGAGGGGACAGCCCUCAGCACCCACCAGGGUCCAGGAGAAGCACUCCAGUCAGGGAGAGAGGAGACUUCUGGUCUUCUUUUGGAGUGAGAUCUGGGGAUAAGUUUGGAAAGAGUGGACCAGGAAGCCUCCCUCCUUACCAUAAGAGGAUCAGGAUGAUUCAAGACAUGCUGCUUCUGGUGAAACAAGGGAAACAAGAUGAAGCGACUGAGCUGCUGAGACACCUGAGACAGGAUUUGGGGAUGGAGUCCACCUCGCUGGAUGAUGUGUUGUAUCGGUAUGCUAGCUUCCGGAACCUUGUGGAUCCCAUAACCCAUGACUUAAUCAUAAGCCUGGCAAGAUAUGUGCAUUGUCCCAAACAGGAAGGAGAUUCACUUGGGGCAAUGGAGAAAGUGUGCCGGCAGUUGACAUACCACCUCAGCCCUCACUCACAGUGGAGACGUCAAGGUCUUAUGAAGAGAAAGCCUCAGGCUUGCUUAAAAGCCAUUCUAGUAGGGAAGCCCAACGAUGGUACCUUGGACCUGACAGGAAUCCCUCUCACCUUGAAAGAUCUGGAACGAAUAAUGCUUUAUCUCCAGCACCACUCAGAAGACAUAGAGAAUGUGGAAUUAUCCUUUACUGAAAUCACAGACGAAAUGUUUCUCCAUCUCAUGCCUGUUCUCAGCUCCCUUCCUCACCUUUCUAAUUUGGCAGUUAAUGGCAACCGGCUGACAAAAGCCAUCUUGAGGGAAAUCACAGAAGCUUUGAAGGACCCCAAGAAAUUUCCAUGCAUGACUUGGGUUGACCUUGGUAAUAAUGUGGACAUCUUCUCUCUACCCCAACCCUUUUUGGUUAGCCUUAAAAAGCGCUGUCCUAAACAGGGGAAUUUGCCAACAAUUUUAGAGUUUGGGGAAGGACAACUUAGUGAUCUGGAAAAUCAAGAUGGGUCAAUGGAAAGCCAAGAAGAACAAAGUGAAAUGGAUAUUGGAACCAAAACAUUACAUAGUUAGGUACUUGAUAGUGGCGAAAGCACUGAUUGGUUGAAGUGCUUAGGGGAUUAACUAUCAUCACACAAAAUGUGAUAAUUCAGAGCCAAGCUGAAUGUGUCCCAUUAGCCUAAAGACUGUGACUUUGUACAAGACUUGUAUUUGCCUCCUCUAAAAUAUAAUUUUGUUUGUUCCUCUAAACUUAUUUGUACUGUUCUCUAGCCCAUGAACAAUACUAUGUUCCUUUAUUCUUCUAACAAUUUUAUAACAAAUGUACAAUUCUGUAAAAAUUCUAUUUCACAUUGAGUUCUACCUACACAUGGAAUGAUGCAAUAUUUAUUCCAAAAUAUAUCCU